CUGUCUUAUGUGCUUUUUGAUAGAAUUUAGGUUAAAUUCUGCUACCAAACGGCCUCUCGGACAUAGAUCUCCCGAAACCUGAUCUCUUGUUCUAAAUCACAUUUCCAGCGCUGUUCGAAUUUCUUAAGCGCGGUGUUCCUGAUCCCCCUGGGUUCGUUGAUUGAUAGUAUAAGUGGGAGGCCAUGGCGUCUGCGAACCAGGGAGAUUUUGAUUACUUGUUCAAGUUGUUACUGAUUGGGGAUUCGGGAGUGGGGAAGAGCAGCCUUCUUCUGAGCUUCACCUCCAACACCUUCGAUGAUCUCUCUCCAACAAUAGGCGUUGAUUUUAAGGUGAAGAUGGUUACAAUUGGUGGCAAAAAGUUAAAGCUUGCACUAUGGGAUACAGCUGGGCAGGAGAGAUUCAGGACUUUGACAAACGCAUAUUAUAGAGGAGCCCAUGGGAUUAUAAUGGUCUAUGAUGUAACUAGAAGGGAUACAUUCACCAAUCUUUCUGAUAUCUGGGCCAAGGAGAUAGAACUCUACUCUACAAAUCAAGAUUGCAUCAAGAUGGUUGUUGGAAAUAAAGUUGAUAAGUUAAAUGCCAGAGCUGUUACAAAGGAGGAGGGCAUAGAUUUUGCAAGGGAGUAUGGUUGUUUGUUUCUGGAGUGCAGUGCAAAAACUCAAAGCAAUGUAGAGCGAUGCUUUGAGGAACUUGUCCUAAAGAUAUUGGAAACACCAAGCCUUUUGGCUGAGGGUUCUACAGGAGUGAAGAAGAACAUUUUUAGCCAGAGUCAACAGCGAACUGAUUCUCCUCCUCCAGGGAGUUGCUGUUGAGUUCGCGUCUCAUGUUUUUGUUCCAAUUUCCACAAGGCCGCUUUCAGCUAUAAUUUCAUCUUGUGCUCCUGUAUAUUGCCUUUUCCAAGUAUAUGUGAUUCGUACCCUAAAUUCUUUGGCUUAUUUAAUGCUAUCAACCUCUAUUGGGAGCCACUUUUAACAAUUUGUAAUGCGAAUAAAUAUUGUAUUCUUUGA